AUGACGGGCCCAGUACCAUCGAAUCAGAACACUACAGCCAAAAUGACAGACGGUAAAGAGUCUGACAAGAAAAAUAAGGGCACCGCAAUCAACAACACGGGCGCCGAAAACCCUGGAAUGCAUGGCACAAAGGCUCCCCAAGACCCAAGGACUUCGCAUGAUCAUAGUCAUCGUUUUCGAAAAUUUUGUCAUCGUCACUGCAUCCUCCCAGGGCAUCAUCACGAAGGAUCAGAUAAAGCGGUCACGAUUUCCACUAUCAACGUAACAGACACGACACUACCGGGAAAGGAGAACACGAAUGCUAGCAUUGCUACGAGUAGUACGAGUAAAGGCUCGGAAAAUGCGGAAAAGCUUAGCCCAAAGGUCAUCCCAAAGGUCCGUCCAAGGGUCAAUUCAAAGGCCUCCACAAAGACUGCUAAGAGAAAACCGUCGGCGAAUCCUGUUUAUUAUGUUGAAGAGGCCGAUGAAGAUUGUUGUUGUGAUUGUGAUGAAGAUUUUUAUUAUGAUGAUGCGGAAGAUUAUUAUUAUGAUGUUGAUGAAUGCGAUGAAUGCGACUCGGACUGAUUCGACGAAUGUUCAGAGUGAGAGGAAGCUUGCGAUUGUGGAGAAGCAUCUUCAGAUGUUUGCGGUGGAGAUGAAUUGUACGGCUUGUGGAGUAGGGCCAGUUUUGUCUGGCGGAAAUAAGGCAUGUAGAAAGACGUAG